CCAGAGACAGAGCAGAACAGAGCUGUCAAGCUGCGAGGAGGCAGCAGAGAGACGACUUUGUCUUGGAAUACAGUUUCCCCUCCAUCUCCCACAUAUCAACUCACAAACACACACACACACGGUAAAGUGUGUGUUUGCUGCUCUUUACAAGAAGCAGUGAAUUAUUCCAAGGAUCUGUCUGGACUCGCUCACGGCUGACACACUUGGACUGUUGAAGAGUGUUUGGACUCAGCAUCUUGGACUCUAAAAGGAUUCAAAUUGUGUGGUGUUUUUUUGUUGUUUUUUUUUUGUUCAACACUUCUUGCAGUUGAGAUUGCUGUGUUUUGCUGGCAGCGUUCGGCAGGUUUGAACUCUUGCUGUGUGUGAUGAGGAGGAGGAUGUGUUGGCCGGUGACAGCGGUGCUGCUGGUCCACCUCGGGGCCACCUUAACGGGAGCAUGGAGAGCAUCUCAGCCAAGACUGCAGUUCUCACACUCUGACUUGAUCCAGAAUGGUCGGCUGCUGACGCUGCCCCUGGUGGCCGGAGACCUGCACUCGCUGCUGCCUGACGAAGACCGGAGGCGUCUUUACGUGGCCAUGAAAGAUAACCUUCUGUCUACCAGUCUGGACGACAUAACACAGAACCCACGCAAGCUCUACUGGCCAGCAAGUCCGGACCGGGUCCAAGAAUGCCUCAUGGCUGGGAAGGAUCCAGAGCUGGAGUGUGCAAAUUUCCUGCGAGUCCUGCAGCCUUUUAAUCAGACUCACCUGUAUGUCUGUGGAACUGGAGCCUUCAACCCUCGCUGUGCUUUCAUCGCCACCAGCAUCUUCCAUCAGUCUGAACACCAGACUCUCUCCUACAGCCAGACAGAGUGUGGAAAAGGGAAAUGCCCCUACGAUCCCUUCCAGAAAACAGCCUCCUCCAUCGUUGACGGAGAGCUGUACACCGGCAUCACCUCGGACUUCAUGAGUCGGGACUCGGGUUUCUUCCGUAGUCUUGGCAGCCGUCACGUCAUUCGCACAGAGCAGUACGAUUCCACCUGGCUGCAAGAUGCCCAGUUUGUGCGGGUAGCGCCGCUGUCUGAAACUGAUAACCCAGAAGACGAUAAGGUCUACGUGUUCUUCACUGAGCGUGCUCAGGAGGCCGAGGGAGCUGCUGGGAAGGUGCUCUACUCCCGAGUAGCACGCGUGUGCAAGAAUGACAUCGGAGGCCAGAGGAGUUUAGUGAAUAAGUGGAGCACUUUCCAGAAGGCUCGUAUGGUUUGUUCAGUCCCAGGACCAGACGGCCUGCAGACGCACUUCGACCAGCUGCAGGACAUCUUCAUCCUUCAUGGAAAAGACAAGAAGAACCCUCUCAUCUACGGCCUGUUUACCACUUCAAGUGAUAUCCUGAAUGGUUCAGCCGUGUGCGUUUAUCGAAUGGAGGAUGUUGUUCGAGCUUUCAAAGGGAACUUCCUGCACAAAGAGGGGCCUCAGUAUAAAUGGGCAGAGUUCACAGGGAAGGUGCCAUAUCCACGACCAGGAACUUGUCCCAGCAGCACAUAUGGAAGCUACAGCUCGACCAGAGAAUAUCCCGACGACGUCAUUUUCUUCAGCAGGACUCACCCACUUCUGCAGGAGAAUGUGCUGCCGCUGGGAGAGCGCCCCCUCCUGGUCAGAGUGGGAGUUCACUACAAGUUCAGCAAACUGCUGGUGGACAGGGUGGAGGCUGUGGAUGGCACCUAUGACGUCCUGUUCAUAGGCACAGACUCGGGACUCGUGCUCAAAGCCAUCCAUCUGCCCAGAGAACAUGGUCAGAGUCUGGAGGUCACUCUGGAGCAGCUUCAGGUCUUUCAGCACAAGUCACCGGUGACAGCCAUGACACUCUCAAAGAAGAAGCAGUGGUUGUUUGUGGGCUCCAGGGAGGGUGUGUCCCAGCUGGCCCUGUACCAGUGUGAGCUGUACGGUCAGGCCUGCGCCGAGUGCUGCCUGGCCAGAGAUCCCUACUGCACGUGGGACGGACAUGCUUGCAGCCCCUACAUGCCUACAGUCCGCAGGAGGAACGCUCGGCAUUUGGGCGAGGAUGAGGAUCCACUGACUCAGUGUGUCAGACAGGGAGCCGGGCUGCAGGUGGAGGCAGAGCAGAGAGUGAUGAUGGUUGCGGAGGGUAACAGCACCUACCUGGAGUGUUUACCUCGAUCCAGACACGCUGCAGUCACCUGGUACAAGCAGGCCGGAGAGAACAGCCCUGAACUCAACCAGGUGGUAACAGGUGACCAGCUGGUGGUGAUCGAACGAGGCGUCCUGAUUCGUCGAGCCGAGCUGUCCCACGGCGGCGUCUACCACUGCCAGGUGGAGGAGCACGGCUACCACUGGACCGCCGUCACCGUUCGCCUCACCGUCUGGAGCCCCUCGGCCAACCGUCUCCUGGCCUCCUGGUCCGGCUCGUCCUAUCAGAGCACUGGGACGCAGCCGUGGUACGAGGACGUGAUGGCGCUGAUCCACCCGGCGAAUCUCGGCCAGCACUGCAAGGCUCUGGGAUACCGCCCGCCACGCAACCACCGUCGCCAUGGUGACAUCAUGCCGGCGCCAGUCAAAGAGAAAGAGAGGGGGGAGAGGCACAAGCAUGGGGGAGGACGAGGUGGAGGUGGUGGAGGAGGAGGAGGAGGAGGAGGAGGAAGAGCAGCAGGGAGGAAGAGCAGGAGCAAGCCCCAGCAGAGGGCGCCGAGGAGCGCCUGAACGAGCUGAUGAUUGUUGACUUUAACACACACGUACACAUGCACACACUUAACUUAUACACUGACACACAGACAUACACACUGUAUGUACAGAGACAUGCGCAUGCACUUAUCUACAGAAACGUCAUCCUUUCAUUAUAGUGACAAAUGUUCAAGCUAAGCUACACAUAAAUAACUGAACUACGAAACAGCAAAGACUUCAGCCAACAAGUGGCUCUGUGAAUAAAAAGUAGGAAACUAGGUUGCAUGAAUGAAGGACGAGCGUCAGUUUGGCGGACUGUCGUGACAAAAUCACAUUUGAGUGGAUUUUUUUGAAGCUGGAACCUCAACAGAAAAGAAAAAAAAGUCAAGUCUUGUUCCCAAAGUUGAAACUCAGCACAUCCUCUGAAUUGAUUGCUGCCUUAAAGGUUCAUAUUUUUGGCUUUGCAUGUUUUUCCCCAUUACUUACCAAUCACACACACUCGCAAUUACUCUCCGAAACAAAACAGAUGUUUUUCGAUUGAUUUCUUUCCUUCGGGCGAAAAAAAAUGGUUUUCAUUUUUUCAUUUCACCAUGCGGAAAUGCUUAAGAGAUGCUGAAAAUCGUGUUACUGUGGCUGCAGGAGGCAUUUUUAAAAACUUCUUGAGUUCAGAUUUGGAGGACACACAGUUUUCGAGAUGUAUUUUAUGGAUGAGUUUUGUGGUUGGAAGGUGAAAAGUAUGAACAAGCAAAACACCUUUGUGCCACACUGUCAUAUAUUUAUUUUUAACGUGACAACGGAAACCAACAAAAAUGGCACCAGAAACAAGAUGGAAUAUUGUCUGUGAUUGAAGGUCAGAUAGUGUAAAAAUUAAUAUGCAUUGGAAAAUAAUCAGCAGUGAUUUAUAUUUAAAGGGAUAUUACAUCCAAUACCUUAGUUAAUAGCUUUAAAUUCACCACCAGUUAAUAAUUAGAUUGUGAGUAGCAGUAAAUAGCACUGAUGAGUCAUAGAUUUUUCCCCCGUAAUGGAAACCUAAGACGAAUCUUCAAACAGUUCACCUUCAGUGAGAGCUGAGCUUUGCUGGCUUCUAGGUGGGGUCCGACCACCAGAUGACUGACUGAGACCACAGAGAUGAAAAGGUGGAGAAAAAACUACAGCUUUGAUGAGGUUGCAAAUCAACUUUCCCACGACUUCAGUGGUUUUGUUCCGCUGGACAUGUUUCCAUUAUGUUUUCCGCAGUUCUUGCUUCUGCAGGUUGAGCUGGCACUGAUUUUGUGCCACGACGUAAAAAACUGUUUGGUAUAAGUGUGGGAACAGAAGGUGGAGAUCAGAAAACAACCAAAAAAAAGCUCAAAUCCUAUUCUGAGUGUUGGAUUGGUUUGUUAGGAGUCACAUGUGUACACGUUGUAUAGAUUUAGGUAAGAAAUACACAACCAUUCAAAAGUUUGGGGCCAAUUCAAAAUGUUCUUAUUUUUGAAAGAAAAACUGUCUUUUUUCAAUGAAGAUAACAUUAAAUUAAUCAUAAAUCCAGUCUAGACAUUGUUAAUGUGGUAAAUGACUAUUGUAGCUGGAAACAGCUGAUUUUUAAUGGAAUAUCUCCAUAGAGGUACAGAGGAACAUUUCCAGCAACCAUCACUCCUGUGUUCUAAUGCUACAUUGUGUUAGCUGAUGGUGUUGAAAGACUAACUGAUGAUUAGAAAACCCUUGUGCAGUUAUGUUAGCACAUGAAUAAAAGUGUGAGUUUUCAUAGUAUACAUGAAAUUGCCUGGGUGACCCAAAACUUUUGAACGAUAGUGUAUAUCCAAAAAAACAACUUCACUUUCAUAAAUGAGUGUAUUUUGGAAGAAUGUAAUGACUCCAGUUUCAUAAUUUGGCAAAAACAGAGGACUUUUUUUAACUGGUAGUAUUUCAAAUCAUAUUUCCAGCAAGUAAACAGUGACAUUUUUGAAGCCCUGGAUCUGUCUCACAAAAAACAAACUCUAUUAAGAUGCAUCUAAAUGAUUUUCCAGAAAUGUUUAAUAUCACUGAACAAGGAAAUGAAGAGGACUGAACUAUGAACCGAACUGGACUCUGUACAGACCCUGCAUGUUUCUUCAACUAUGGCCACUUUGGGUGAAUUCUGGACCAACGCAAGAAAAAAAAAGGAAAAAAGAAAAAGUGGAGUAUUAUGUAACUGGUUCUGCAGCUCCAGCUGGUAACAACAUCUGACUGUAAAGGAUGAAGCAGGCCCAGUGUAUUAUAAAGACGCCUUUAUUACAGCAAGUUGGAACCGGAGAAAGCGCUAAACGGGACUGGCGUCAAGCGGACUCCGGCCUCCAGCGACUUUAGUGACUUUGCGAGGCAGUAAAUUGUGUUCUUAAUGUUAAAAUGUUAUGCCGACACAGCUUCUUCCGCCUCUAUUUAACUUUACUCUCAGCGGUAUUUAUUAUUUUUCAUCCGGAGUGCUUGUUCCGGAAAUUUGCAAGAACAGAAAAUCAUCAGGUGACGAAAAACGGAUGCUUAUUUGAUGUGUUUUUUGGUCUGUGUUUGUGUGUCCUGUUGUUUCCAUUUGUAUAUUUUGUGUGUUUUUUUAAAAACUUAUUUCUAGGUAAAAACCCAUUAGCGUUUAGUUCGAGUGAGCAGAAACUAAAAGUGUGUUUAAAAUUUCUGUUUUCCAGCGAAUACAAACCAGAUGCUCUAACUUCAGACUGCUGUGUGCAGCUCACACUACAUUAGAGAUAAAACUACUAAGCUAACAUGAGAGGACGAAGUGUGACCCAAACAGACUAAAUUGAAACUUAACUAUGAUUUGUGUGGUAAACUGGAUUCAUUUACAUGCAUGGUUAAGCCCAAUAACAACAUGCUUUCAUUUAUUUGAUUGAAUCCCACAAUAAUAAUGCUGCAGUCUGUAAUAUCUCCCAUGUUGUUUCCUGCAGGAUCCCCAUAUUUUUCACUCUCCUGGUUGUAUGUAUUUCUGUAUAUGUGUGUGUUUUUACAGUCUGUGCGUCCUCAUGUGUGUUUGACAUUAGUGAGAUCAGAAUGAAAGUCGCUCAAACAAAGGUUCAGAGGCCGAGCCAGUAAAUCUGCCAAACGGGGAGCUCAGCAAUGGAUCUGAGACACUUUUGAUGCCAUAAGAAAAAUAAACCAGAGCAACCGAAAGCUCAGAGAGAAAAUUAAAAUGGGCUUGGCUUCUUGGUUUCUCUGCCUUAGCCGCAUGAAAGAGCCCGGCUGCUUCUGAGCAUGUGUUCGAGUAGAAAAACAAAGAAAGAAAGCGUUUAGAAGGGAAUGUGUGACUGAGUGUGCUGAGGCUGUGUAAGUGUCGUAGGGCCACUUUUGAAAAAUUAAAACAUGUGGGUGAGUGUGAAACUGUCAGAAUAACCCAAAUGAAAUCAGCAUUUGGCCCAUUUUCACAAUAUACAUUAUUAUUAUGGCCGUCUCCAAGGAAGCUUUUGUUGCACACUGGCACAUUUAAACACUACAGGGUUUUUAUCUAUGUUAAAAAAAUGGCUGUAAUAAAAUGUGAUCGCCUUAUUUCAACCAAGAUAAAAGGACACUACGUCCAUCUUUUAUAUACUGUCACUACUUGUGAAAUUAGAUUUUUAGCCAGCAGGGGCGACACCUCUGGUUUGAAAAAGUGAUCCAUUUGUAUAGAAGUCUAUGAGAAAACGACCCAGCUUCUCACUUCAUUUGUGACCUCAGUAAACAUUUUUCUGAUGUGUUUGUGGUCUCAGUUGCUAGUAGUUUUAAGAUUUUUGGAACACAGCAUGAUGCUAAUUUUGUAAAUUUUGGUCCCAUUUGCUAACAUAUCGCAGUUGUGUAGCAUCCUCGUGUUGUCUGAUCAGAUCUACCCGUUGUUCAUAACAUCCAGUUUCAAAAGGCCGAGAUGGCGACGGCCAAUUUUCAAACCCAACGUGACAAUUGCUACGUCCAUCUUUUAUAUGUGUCACUACUUGUGAAAUCAGAGGAGAGUGUUCAUAUGGACUUUUCUUGUAAAUGUGGUUCACACAACCCCAUUUAAAGGCACCACCAGAUGAAAUAAGAUGUAGACGCAGCUUUCUGCCUGCAAACAAAACUAAAUUCUGCUGCUUUUAGGCCUCCAACUUUCUGUUCUGAUCUAAUAAAACACCAGCUUUGAUUUCAGUUAGACUCCUCUGCCAGCUCACUCUAACAAGCAUACAUUGGAUCGACCGACCUGAAAAUAUUAACAUAAUUGUGCUUGUGUUGACCCUGCCUUCAUGGAUAUUGUGUGUAUAUGAGAGUGUAACUUGUGUAUAUUUGUGUCAGAUCCAAGCGCCGGCACAGGCAGGAGGUAGAACUCCAAGCAGACAUUUUUGCGGAGCAGCAGUUUAAACAUUUAGCCCCUCAAAGACGUGGAGCUGCUCCUUGUUCAUUACAACGGCCUUGUGUGUUUCACUGUAUUUACAUCUUGGUGCCAGCAUUCGUCUCUUGUGAUUUUCCAGAACCAUUUCUCUGCAAACUGUCAUCCAGUGAUCUCGGCAUCAUGUGCAGAGACUCUGUUUUUCUUUGUGUAAAUAUGUAUAAAGGUCUGCUUUGAAAUGA